GCCGGGGCGGUGCCGCCGCUGAGCCCGGCUCGUCCCGCCCCCGCCGGCACAGGAGCCACCAUGGCGGAGGAGCGGGACCGCGAGCGAGAGCUGCGCUUCUACCGACGGCUGCCCAAAGCGGAACUUCAUGCUCAUUUGAAUGGCUGUAUCAGUUCUGCUACUAUGAAGAAACUCAUGGCUCAGAAGCCAAACCUUCAGAUCCAGAAUGGAAUGACUGUAAUUGACAAAGGAAAGAAAAGAACCUUAGAUGAAUGUUUUCAGAUGUUUCAGAUCAUCUAUCAGGUUACCACGAGGACUGAAGAUAUUUUGCUGAUAACUAAAGAUGUCAUUAAAGAAUUUGCUGAUGAUGGUGUUAAGUAUCUGGAACUGAGAAGCACUCCAAGAGAAGAAAAUUCCACAGGUAUGACCAAAAGGAUGUACGUUGAAACUGUACUUGAGGGGAUAAAGCAGUGUCAAGAAGAAGGCUUGGAUAUAGAUGUAAGGCUGUUAAUAGCAAUAAACAGACGACAUGGCCCAGCAGUUGCUAAGCAGACUGUUAAACUUGCUGAAGAGUUCCUGCUUUCCAGUGAUGGGGUUGUAGUAGGACUUGACCUUAGUGGUGAUCCCACUGCAGGACAUGGUCAAGAUUUUUUGGAAUCUCUCUCAGAAGCAAAAAAAGCAGGUCUAAAGCUGGCACUCCAUCUUUCUGAGAUUCCAAAUCAAGAGGAGGAGACCAAGAUUCUCCUGGGCCUGCCUCCUGACAGAAUUGGACAUGGAACAUUUCUCAACUCCACAGCAGCAGGUUCUGAAGAGAUAGUGUCACUGGUUCACCAGAAUCAUAUACCUAUUGAAUUUUGCAUGACAUCAAACAUAAAAUCUCAGACAGUGCCUUCCUGUGACAAACACCAUUUUGGAUACUGGUACAGCAUGGGCCAUCCUGCAGUGCUUUGUACUGAUGAUAAAGGCGUCUUUGCAACUGAUCUAUCGCAAGAAUAUGAGCUGGUUGCAAAAACAUUUAAUCUGACUCGAUCACAGAUGUGGGAUCUUUCCUAUGACUCAAUCAACUAUAUUUUUGCUUCAAAUGCAGUAAAAUCCAAGCUAAGGGAACAAUGGUGUAAGCUGAAGCCAGCUCUGUUUGAUUAAUCAAACUGUUGUCCUAAAUAGCUUAGGUGUAUUAGCUUACUUAAUAAGCUUUUUAUAUUGAAGUCCCCAGCCUUUUUCAGACCUCAGGGUUUUAAACCCAGCCGUAAACUGCCUGUGCACAAUGAAGGCAACUGGAAUGCAUCCCUUGUUACUGGGGACAGAAGUAAAUGUUCUUUUGGUAGUUGGAAAGGGCUCUCAGCCAGUGACUAAAAUGCCAAAUGUGUUGUCACCUUGUUUCUUUUGAGCUGAUAUGACAUUUUAAAAAACACUUAGUUGAAAUAUGUCAUCAUAAUAUGAACAUUUGAGAGCUGCAACAAAAUGAAGGCAGAGCUAUUGAUGUUUAAAACAUCUCUUUGGCAGCAUUCCGCCAAGCUGUUUGAAUGUGUGGUGUGUAUUUUUGGGGUUUGUAUUGUUUUCAGGUUUUGAGCUGUUGAUUGGAUAUGAAGACAGAGACAAACUCAGGUAGAACAAAAUAUUUAUCCCAAGGAAUAAAUAUUGUAUCUGUUUUUAUUGCUGUGCAUGUAUGACUGAAGCUGCUGUGAUGGAAUAGCAUGUGGGGGUCUGCUGGUGCCCUGGGCACCGCUGGUGUGUAGGCACUUAAGAAUCUUGAAUGCCUUCAGUAAGUGAGCUACUUGGCAAAGUGGUCUCAUUCUUAAAAUGCUUUUUAGAAUUGCUGUUUGUUGUGUAAAAAAGAAUAAAAAUCUCUGUGUUUUUGAAAGCACCA